UACAUUAUAUUUUAUAUAUUUUUUACCUUUUAUACUUGUGACACCAGAGAUCUUUUAUAUUUAGAUAACAAUCUCCGACGCUCUAUCAUAGGAGAGAGCGUAACGACAGUAUGACACUGUUUGCUGAUAUCACAUAAAUGACUGGGGAGAGCCGUAAACUGAUAACUGUCGCAAAAUUGCCAGUGUGCCUUCUCUUAUAAGACGGAAAUUUUAUCGUAGACACCACGCAUAGUUAAUUACAAAACUAUUGUUUAGUGUAAAAUAUGUUGAAGAUUAGCGGACAGGUUCAUUAUGUGAGCUGUUUCCUCACAACUGCGGUUUAUUCAACACACUGAAGCAUCUCCUCCAUAGACAUCCAUAUAUAUAAAAACGGACUAUUGUCUCCUCGCCAGUGUCCUGCCCAUAGAACUGUGUUGCUUGGUAACCUUGUAGGUUGAUUUUGGUAGAAGGGCUCUGCUCUGGUGACACCCCCAUCGAAAUGUAAAUAAGCAUGCCUGGUAUGGGAAGAUAGCACUGAAUAACUGACUUCAUCCUCACACAUCUCAUAAUAUAACCAUACAGGUAUUGGAAACACAAAUGUUUAAAUACGUAUCUCCGAUAUAUCGAAAAUAUAGUAAAAUGCAUAUAAAAUAUGUUCGAGUCUUUUUCCAGUGAAGAGUGACGUCACGUUCAGGUACGCUCUCGUUUGCGGCUUUUACACUCGACAUGAACUUCAGCAAAAAUGUCCUGCAAAACGCCUAAAAAGGAGCAACUGACAGAUGAAGAGAUAAGUGAACUAUUUAAUAAUUCGGAAGAAAUUAUCAGUGACUCGAGCAGCAGUGAUGGCGAGGAGCUUCCCCCCAACCUCGAGCUUCUCUAGAGUCUUGAGGAUGAAGCUGCUGACUUCACUGAUGGAGGGAAAGAGACAAAGAUUUCAGAUGAAGCAGAGGAGGUGAGCUAUUCCAGCUGGAGAACUACCUGCAAUUUCACUCCUCCUGGACCUGGGGUUGUUUUUGAUAACACAAAUUCUGGGGUGCAAAACCCACCGGCAGCUCCAGAUGAGGUCCAGUGUAUUAAAAUGUUCAUAACGGAGGAGCUUGUUGAGGAACUGGUGCAAGAAACAAACCGACAUGCGUUGCAGCUUCAGGAUGAGAAAUGUACUGCUUCAAAGGGAAAGCUGGCAAAAUGGAUGCCAACUGAUAUAAAUGAGAUGUACACAUUCCUGGUGACAGUUCUAUUGAUGGGAAUUAUCAAGAAAUCGUCCCUACGUGACUACUGGAGUACAGACCCCAUGAUUCAGACCCCUUUUUUUGGGACUUUGUUCUCUCAGGACCGCUUCCUCUCGCUCCUGCGCUGCCUAAACUUUGCCAACAGUGCGAAGGCUGAUGUCGAUGACCCCCUGUUUGAAAUAAGAAGAGUAUUUACUGAAAUCACUUCCUCCUUUCAGUGUUUUUGUGCCAUACAGGGAUCUCUGUGUGGACCAAUCUAUGAUGAAUUGGAAAGGUAGACUGGCAUUGGGUCAACCCUUUCCAGCAAAAAACAAUAGGUUUGGGGUGAAGUUUUUUGUUCUCCGCGAUGUGCUCACUGGUUAUGUGCUGGGUAUGAUUAUUUAUACAAGAUCCACCACUGACAUCCACCACCACGCCAGGCUUGGGAUCUCUGGGUCUGUUGUCAUGACCUUACUGGCCCCUUAUGUGUCAAAGGGCCAUAUUCUUUAAGUGGACAGUUGGCACAGCAGUCCCACGCUGUUUCAACUCCUCCAUUCUCAUGGCACAGGGGCCUGUGGAACUGUGUAGGCUAACAGGAGGGGGAUGCCAGCUUUCACCAACAACAACAUGACCAAGGGCCAAGUGGAAUACCAAGAGAAUGGAACACAGUUGGCGGUAAAAUGGUGCGACAAAAGAGAUGUUCACGUCCUGACCACUGUCCAUGCAUCUGUCAUGGCAGUUUCACAGAAGGUUGAUUACACCACCGGGCAGAAAAAGAAGAAGCCACUCUGCAUCCUAGAAUACGAUAAAAAAAUGGGGGCCAUGGACAAAGCAGACAUGAUGAAAUGUUUUAUAAAGUGUGCCAGGAAGACCACCAAGUGGUAUAAGAAGAUCUUCUUCUACAUGCUUGAAACUGCCAUAUUCAACAGUUUCAUUGUCCACCACCAACUUUCUGGCAAAGUCAUGACUCCUCUAGAGUUCCGGAUGAACCUGAUGAGAGCGCUGCUGGAGGAGAACAGUACACCUCGGAUUCCACCCAGGGGGGUACGUCCUGCCUUGGACAGUCCCUUGCGUCUGACAGCCAGGCACUUCCUCUCUGACAUCCCUCAGACUGAAUUACAGGGCAGGAGAACCAGACGUGCCUGCAAGGUCUGCAUUUCCGGCAAGCGCAGGACAAAGAAGAGGCGUAGCACUAGAUAUAUGUGUGUGGCAUGCAACAUUGCCUUGUGUGCUACUCCUUGUUUUGAAGAGUACCACACACUGAAAAAUUAUUGAGAACGACUGUCAAAUAAAAUGAUGCAUUCUUUGAUAUCACAAGCAACAACUCCUCACACCAGGACGACUGUUCAUGAAUGCAUCUUUGAGCAAUUAAGGUGUUUUGAAGGGCUCCCUAAUAUCAACUCACUAAUGUUAAACUGCUGUAAAGAUCACAAAACGGGUUAUACAUUUAUGGAUUACUUAUUUCUGAUCCUUGAACACAACACAUGUGAAGUUCCAAAAUUCACUCAAAAAUUUACAGAAGUAAAUUUACAGAAGUAAAUUUUUAUAUGCUACCUUACAUUUAACACACAUUAGCAGUAUUAUGUCUGGCUUCAUGUUUUGUUACGGCAACUAACUGCAUUAGAAUGUUUUAAGUUAUUAUUUUUACUAGUAUAUAUGUUUAUACAGUAUGCUAUUCUGUUGAAAGGCUACAGCUCUGGAUACUCUCCUAUUAAUUAGUGAAGAAUAUAUAGUAAGCAGAGCAGCUUUGCAGGGAGAUUUACCAUUGCAUAUACUGACUAAGAUUCAUUUGUUUUAUGUCCAUGCAUGCUUUCCACUGUACAAUGGACAAAGACAAUUGAAUGAUUAAAAUGAAAAAACGUUCUAAAUUGAAAGUUGUGACAUCACUACGGAUUCUGAAUGUUGUCAUCACAUGUGCUUUUAUUUGGAGAUUGACAGUCGACAAGCAUUUACUGAAUUAAGAUGUUCAAGAAUGUGUCUAUUAUUGAUUUGCAUAAAAAUCACAUGACCAAGCUGAAUUUAUUAAGGGAGGAAAAGUGAAUUGCACACUUAUUUUUAAUUUCCUUUGUUCCCAAACAAAUAUUGUCCUUUAAGUAAAUCUUUUUUUUAACUCAUGAUUGCUGGAAACAGUAGAGAGAGACUAAAAGCAAGUAAUACAUACACAUCUUUGUUAAACAUUACUGUACAUUUUUCCAUAAUAGAGGUACAUUGAAAUGGGAAUAGUAGAUCCACAAAGAACACAGUAGUCAGUGCC